UGUCGAACGUUGAUGACGUUCAUGUAUGCGACUCGAGUCAUGCCUGCACAGAUGUAUUUGUCCCUGAAGUUUAGUGGCUGAAAACAAGCUGAAGACGUGUUAAAGGUUGAAGUGUGAGUCUCAUUUAAACGGUUCAUAAUGAUGUACAGAGCCAACGAGAGUGACAGUUGCGUUUCAGUAGCUAUUAGCUGGCUUAUCUCAUUUCCACGUUAUUCAUUCAUGUAACUAACAACAUGUGUUAGUUUUGUUGGUCUGGGAAAUGAUUGUUAAUACAGUUUGUAUAUGAUAUGAAAGAUCAGGAUUAUAGCUGAUUUAUAACUGAUGUGAAGUCGUAAGAAGUAAUCUAUAUUAAAUUCCCACAAUCCCAGAGGUUUGACAUCCUAACAUGGGCUCCACCUUUAUGUUAAAAGCCAGGAUAUGCCUGAAGCCACUAAAGCCUUUUUUUCGCCAAGGAAGUUCAGCUUUUCUCACCAUAAAGACUCCUGUGCCAUUAGCGGUGCCUCCCACAGCACGCUUUCUGUGCAGCAGAGACACAAACCCCAACAAAAGGAACAGCAGACAGGCUGAAGGGAAACAUGGCACUAUCAGAUGGGCGGAAGAGGAAUUGUGGGAUGGUGCAGUGGAGGGAAGAGGUAAAAAGAAGCCUUCCUUCCCCAAUUCUGUGUUCGCUGCUGGGACAGCGAAGAGGACGGCAGAGAUGCUGAAGAGGAAAGCAGGGGUCCCUGAGGAUGAGGAGGAGCCCGCCAGGAGGGCGAGCAGGGGAGCAGGGAAGCUGCAGCCUCCUGACCGGCCGCUCUCUGCUGCUGAGUGGCGAGAGCUGAAGGAGUCUGUGGGAAAUCCACAGCGUUUUGACAUCCAGAUGAUGCGUGCGCUGUUUUCCUCCGGGGCGGAACUGGAUACUGCCAAGUCCCUGCUGACUUUUGUAGCCAUGGAAACAGGAACGCUAUCCUACAAACUGUUACUAUGGUACCUGACACUGUGUGUCAGAGAUGGCCACGACACAGAGGUCUUUGAUGUCUAUGACAUCAUGCGGGGAAGUUUCCCCUCUCUGGACACAGGCGCCUCCAGCCUUUUUAUCAAGUCCUUCAGCCGGACAGCGAGGUGGAGGGAGGCUAUCGGCAUGCUGCACGAGGUUAAGAAGGUCUUCACCCCAUCACCACGCAACUAUGGUGACGUCAUCACGGCAGCGAUGCUAAAUGGUGACACAAUCACCGCCUGGGCCCUUUAUGAUGAAUUAAUCGAAAACGGAUUGAGCCCACACCAGGACACCUGGGAUGCUCUGUUUAAGAGAGUGAUGAAGAGUAAGGAGGAAGAGAGGGAGGAAGUAGAGGUCAUGUCUCAUGCUGAGCACCAGGAGAGGCUGCUGGAGAUUCUACACUACAUGAGGAACAACCAGAUCUACCCCCAGCAAAGCCUCACCAGCAGCAUCAAGACCUGGUUUGAGAGUCUCACCGAGCAGAAAUGGACAGGAAGUUGGACCAAGGCCACCCCUAAGGGUGUGUGCAGGUGUUGUGGAACACAGUUAGAGUCCAUCCAGCUGACUGCUGAUGAGUACCAACAGCUGAAAGAAGGAGUCAUGACUGAAGUCAUCCAGGGACGAGAUGUUUUCAAGAAGACUACACCGGAGGAGUUGGAGAGGUUCAAAACAUUUGUGAAGAGGAAGCCUGCUUUUGAUGUAGUCGUUGAUGGACUGAAUGUAGCAAAUACCAACAAGGACAAAGGCAAGCUGUCAGAGACGUUGUUGGCGGUGGUGUCGGAGCUCGAGCAUCAGGGCCUGAGUGUUCUGGUGCUGGGGAGGAAACACAUGCUGCGGCCCUCCAGAUCCUGGGACAGACACCACAUGAACCUUAUCCAGCAGAAAGCUCACUGCUUCUUUACUGAAAACAUUUCAGAGGACGACCCCUUCUUGCUGUAUGCCUCGCUGCAUUCUGGAAACCACUGUCGGUUUGUGAGUAAGGACCUGAUGAGGGACCACAAGGCCUGCCUGUCCGACGGAGCCACCAGACGGCUCUUCUUCAAAUGGCAGAGAGGUCACCAGCUGGUGGUGCAUGGAUAUGUUGCAGCAGGCAGGAGGGUACGGUUUCAGAGUAUUCUCAGCUAUGACACCAUUGUCCAGACUUCAGGAGACUCGUGGCAUGUCCCCUACGAUGACACAGAGGACAGGAGCACCUAUGAAGUACCUCAGAGAUGGCUCUGCCUCACCAAAAUGCACUGAACUCACCCAUACCCAUACCAGUACUGUAUUUUUGAUGUUAAAUAAUUUCAGAAUCGUAUAAUUUGAUCAUAACUGUGGACUUGUAAAUAAAACAUUUACCAUAAAUAAAAAGCUUGUGCUUUUUGAUUUAA